AUCGUGAUCAAGAGCCUAUGAAAUUGACCUGACACUUUUUUUUAUUCUCAUCACUGUUUCAACUUACCUCAUUUUCUUUCUUUCUCUCUCCCUCUGAUGCAAUUGGCUUAGAGUGUUCAACAGUUUGUAUGAUAGUUUUUGUAAUAAAAACAAACUCGAUGAGAGCACACAUUUGGCACCAGUCCAUGCAUGUCCCUUUACAAUCUUUCAUUAACAUUAGCAGAGAAUUAAUUAAGGAGAAGUAGCUGUAAGAUUUAAGUUUAAAGGUUUUGCAUUCACAUAUUAUUUUUUUUAUGGAAACGAUUUUAGUCAAAGGUAAAGGAUAUGAAAUUACCGUGAGCUGAUUUUGGGUUUAGUCAAAGCUUGUUGUCCGACUUCCCCCUUUAAAACCUUUCUUGCAUCAGAUUUCAUAUACAUGUAUGCACUUAUAUCAGUGAAUUAUGUACUAUAUUGCAAAACGUAAACGUGUCUAUGAACUACCUGUUUAAUAUCUUAUGAGGGGAAAUGAAUCCAUAAACUUGCAGUUGCACGUUUCGCUGUCAUAGCGGAAGUUGUGGUCGUCAUCAGUAACUCAUAUCCAUGUGAAGAGUUGCUCACUGGUUUGCUCAACUUUGAGCGUCUGACUAACAUCAAAUUCACAUUAAUUUUUAUAUUUUUCACCACUGGAUCAGUAGCGUCAGAUGGAGUCGUUCCUGGAGAGCUCCUCCAGCUCAUAUGACGGUAACCCCGCGACCUGCGCGCGCACCUGUAAGAUCAUCAUGAUCGGAGACGCGGGUGUCGGGAAGACCUGUCUGACCCACCGCUUUUGUACCGGACACUUUCCCAGCAGAACCGAGGCCACGAUCGGACUCGACUUCCGCGAGAAACUUCUUGAGAUCGAAGGCGAGAGAAUCAGAGUGCAAGUGUGGGACACGGCUGGUCAGGAGCGUUUUCGCAAAUCCAUGGUGCAGCACUACUAUCGCAAUGUACAUGGAAUCGUCUUUGUCUUUGAUGUCACUAACCCUUCUAGUUUCUGCAAUCUGCCGUCAUGGAUGGACGAGUGCCGCCAACACUGUCUUGGUCUUGAUGUACCCCGUGCUCUUGUUUGCAAUAAGGCCGACCUGGCUUCAUCGACUACCUCUGUUUUAAUUGAACAGGCUCGUCACUUGGCUGAAGUCCACAGAAUGUCUUUUUUCCUUACUUCAGCUAAAGGUCACAGAGAGGAAAAGUUGGACAGCAUCUUCGUGACCUUGGCACAGAAUGCGAAGAGACAGAGAGGACAGGGUGUGAAUGGAUGCGUGUUGGUGUCUAGGAGAGCAGAGGCAGAGAGCUUCAAAAUUUCAGCGAGAGGCAAAAUAAAGGAAGAUGAAAGGAAGUUGGACUGCUCUUGCUAAUAGAAAUUUGUAUUUAAGAGUGGUUCGCAUAUUUCAAAAUGCUUACUUUGGUAAAAAGUUGCAUGGUAAAAAGCAACCAUGUCAAGAAUGACAGGUUAGUGGUCAUAUCUUAGGCUGAUGGCAUUAAGGGUGUUUUCCAUAUCAGCAUGUAGAGAUUGAAAUCGAGUCUAGGCUCAGAAACAUAGGUAAGAAUGUAUGGUUUAAAGUAGGAAUAUACUGCCGUAUGAUGAUAUGCUCAUGUGCUCAUAUGUUUGAUAUUGCUAUCGAUAUUGAAAAAUAAUUAAAUUUUUUAGGAAGUCUAUCAGGGAGUCAGAAUCAAGCUUAGCCUUUUUGCCAGAAUAAUGGGUUGUAAAGUUAGGUCAGUUCCUCUAAUAUAACUAUAUCAAAUAUGGGGCUUUCUGCAGUCCUAGAGAUGUAACAAUAACCAGUUUAAUGGUUAACUGCGAUAAAAAUGUCCAACAAUUAGUAUUACAGCGUUAUUUUUUUUAUUACAUUUAACCGUGUCACGACUCGAAAAACCCUGUCCAGCAUCAACUAACUUAAGCAAUAACGUGAGACAAACACAUUCAUUCAUGUCUGCUUCCAUGUGAUUGUGACAGUGAAUUUUAAACAGAAAUCUAGUUGUACUGACACAUGUUUACAUAAAUUUUCUUUAGACAGAUUCAUCUUUUCUACUAAUUUUCCAUUUAAAUGAUGUGAUCUGAUGAGUUUAAAGCUCCUUUCGUUUUUUUUCUUCCGCGAUUGUUGUGAGCACAGGUGUCGUGCAGCUCCCUCCUGGGUCAUAAAGUACACAAAAUUUUACAAUUUUUACAUUUCUAGAAAUUGUUCACAAACCAUUAUAAUAUAAGGAUAAUUGUGGUUAUUUUGGUCACCAUAACCGUGAUGUAAAAUUUUCAUACAGUUUCAUCUUUACACUAGAUUAAAUGGCUUCGUUUUGAAUCUGGAGAUGUCCACAACCUGUUUUAUAAAACUAUCUACAGGUUAAGAAGAAGGCCAGUUUUUAUCACUUAAAACAUUUAUGUCAUUGAUAUCUGAAUUGGAUUUCCUAUAUUUGUUUUCACUAUAUUUGUGUUGUCUCUUUGUUUGUUUCCUGUAAAUUGUAUCUGUCUGAAACUAACUAAAGACUAACCGACACAUUUAAACAUCCCUCAGUAUGUAAAAUUCAAUAAACAUAAAA